GUGGUUUUCGCCAAGCCGUUAUCUUAUCAUUGCCCCCAGCCCCAGAUCCGAGAGCCAAUAGUUACCGAAGAUUUCUUUGUCGCGCGUUUACAAUUUUUUGAUCGGAUACACAACUAGCAUCAUGGCUCAUUCAAAGGAUAAGAAAGAGAAGUCGCACAAGAAGGAGAAGGUUGAGAAGGCCGAGAAGGUCGAAAAGAAGGAACACAAGUCCGAGAAGAAGCCAAAAUCUUCUGCUCUGGCUCCUGCUGCCAACCUGGACCCUACCAUCUCAAAUCUCUUCGCCAACUCUUUCGGUGUCGCCAAACCAAUCCAUACCGAGAUCCCAUCUGCACCCGUCAGAAGCACAAAGAGAAAGCAGCAGUCAGACGACGAAGAGGAGGAAGAGGGAGACGACAACGACGAGGAACUCUCGGAGCUUGACGAUGACGAAUUAGAUGCUGUUGACGCAGACGACGACUCCGAAGUACAGGACGACAGCGACUCCGAAGUCCCGGAUGUGGAGGAGGAAGCCAAACUCGCUGCUCAAGCCGCCCUUGAGAGCAACAACCGUAAGAGAAAGAGAAAGGACAAGCAGCCCGAGUUGGAGGAUGUGUACAUGGAUAAGCUCGGUCGCGAAGAGGAGAAGGCCAUCGCCAAAGCAAAGGAAGACCGCUCCUCCAAGCGCGUGAAGAAGAGUGACAGCGACAGCGAGGAGGAAGACUCGGACGCUGCUGAUGCCAUGGAAAUGUCACCACCCCCAAUGCACGAGACCCUGGAGCCCGACAACGAUUCUGAUCUGGUCAAGGCGCAACGAACAGUCUUUUUGGGCAACGUCUCGGCCGAAGCAAUCACAUCAAAGACGGCAAAGAAGACGCUUAUGCGCCAUCUCGAGUCUUUCUUCGAGGACAUUGCCGAUGCUGAGAAGGGACAACCCGCACACAGUGUUGAAUCGCUCCGUUUCCGUUCGACUGCGUACGCCAGCGCCAUCCCCAAGAAGGCCGCCUUUGCAAAGAAGGAGAUUAUGGUCGAGACAACAAAGUCCACAAACGCUUACGCUGUCUACUCAACAAACGCCUUGGCUCGUGAGGCCGCUCGCCGCUUGAAUGGAACUGUUGUCCUGGACCGUCAUCUCCGUGUCGACGAGGUUGCCCAUCCCGCAAAGACCGAACCCAGACGAUGUGUCUUCGUUGGCAACCUCGGUUUCGUCGACGACGAGACCAACAUCGACAAGGCUAACGCCGAGGAAGGCAAGGGCACACGAAAGGGCAACAAGACCCCCAGUGAUGUCGAGGAAGGUCUGUGGCGCACAUUCUCCACCUGUGGUAAGGUCGAGAGUGUUCGUGUGCCCCGUGAUCCUAUGACAAGAGUUGGAAAGGGUUUCGCAUACGUGCAAUUCACCGAAGAGAACGCCGUCGAGGCUGCCCUCCUUCUCAACGAGAAGAAAUUCCCUCCCAUGCUCCCUCGCAAGCUCCGCGUAACCCGCGCAAAGACCAUCAAGCGCAACGUCAAGCCCGGUAGCAACGCCGUAAAAGCACCCGGCGCAACCAACAAGGGCAUCUACAACCCCAAAGCCGACCCGGUUAUGCAGUCAAACAUGGGCCGUGCAGGUAAACUGCUCGGUCGUGCCGCCGCUGCCCAAGUCCAAAAGGGCAAGCCGAUAGGAGGAACACCUCAGGGCUUCAAGACACCUGAGAGCUUCAUCUUUGAGGGUCAUAGAGCGAAGGCUGGAGGUGGCAAGGCUGGUCUUAAGCUGGGUGGUUCUGGUAAGAAGAAGGGUAAGCCGAGAACUAGAAGUAGCAACAGAGCUCAAGCAUGGAAGGCCAGUGGUGGCAAGAAGAGGGAGUAGAGAGAAAUUGUUUCGUUGUUCCUUCAUCAUGCACCCCAUCAAAAUAUUAUACCCUUUUCACCGUUCAUAAAUGUCUCUUCACUUCAAAGCAAACAACAAGCAAACAUCUCCUCUCACUUCAUCGAGUCCUUAUAUACUGAGGCAAUAGCAAUCUUCCC